AUGAUAGACGCUGGAAAGCUACUAGAGUACGUGAAAAAGGAUUUAGGGAAAAGUUCAGGGCAAUUUAGCACAACACAUGUGAUUAAUUUCAGUCACGCCAGGAUCCAUUCAAUGACCAGACGGGCAUCAGAAGAUGAGACCAGGAGAAAUCUCAGGAAGUUAAAGGAAUGGUACGUGACAAAUCACAUCGAUUUUGUCAGUGGAAAUGGAGCAGAAAUUCUGGAGCUUGGAUGCACAAAGAUCGAGUUCUCUGAAGCAUACAUGAGAGGUGUAUACGCCCCCCACAAUGAUGAUAUCGUUAUAACAUCCUGGAUUAGGAUGUUCCAUGUACAUCGUAUUCUAGUAGAUACAGGAAGAUCAGUGAGCGUGCUAUUUUCAGGAGCCCAUUCCUCCAUGAAUCUCUCCCAUGAAUUGAUCGAAGAGGAUGAAAAUCCAAUUACAAAAGCAAUUGGGAAAGUAAAGAUGCCUAUAACAGUAGCUGAAAAGUCCGUUCUGGGCAAUUUCUUGUUGCUGGGUUGUCGAGCUCCAUAUAAUACGAUCGUCGGGAGAGACUGGCUGCAUGCAAUCGGUGCAAUCACAUCCUCGUAUCACCAAUGCCUGAAUUUUAUUACACCUGAAGGGGUCGCGAAAAGUCCUCUCCCUCCAGAAUCAUAUAAGGGAGAGGAUGUGGCGGAACCCCCAACAGUCGAGAAACUGAUCGAGGUCCAGAUUGGGGAUGAGAAGCAUAAACCCACGUUCAUAGGGGAAAAUAUACCCGCGCACGAACGUGAUGGUCUGAUUACACUAUUAAAGGCAAACGUUGACGUUUUCACAUGGAGUUUUGCUGAAAUGCUUGGGAUGGAUCCAAUAGCCUGUCACAGGCUAAAUAUCGAUGAGAAGUUCCAUCCAGUUCGUCAGAAAGUUAGGAAUAUGGCGCAAAGAAAAAAAGAUGGAGUUGCUGCAGAAGUCGAGAAGCUGUUGGAAGCAGGCUUUAUUCGACCAGUACAGUAUCCUCGAUGGAUGUCUAAUGUCGUGCCCGUUCCAAAGAAGAAUGGUAAAAUUCGUAUCUGUAUCGAUUUUACUGAUUUAAAUAAAGCAUGUCCAAGCGAUCCGUACCCACUUCCACGGAUAAGAGAUUUGGUGGAUGCGCCCUCAGGGUGCGGGAGACAGUCAUUCAUGGAUGGUUUUUCGGGGUAUAACCAGAUACCUUUGUUCGAAGAAGAUCAAGAGUAUACUGCCUUUGUGACUGACAGAGGAGUUUACUGCUAUACUGUGAUGCCGUUGGGCUAA